GUGGUGCCGGCGAGCUUGGCGGUGGUGACUCCAGACUGAGCAUCGUCCAGCGGGGAGGCAGCACAGUGUGACUGGUGGCGGUGAGGCUAUGACAGGAAGCCAGAUGUGUUAACCUGGCAGUCUACCGGCGUGCAGGCCGCUGUACAACAGCAUCCAGCCUCCUCUUAGCGGGACUGUCCUACCGGCCUGCUGGCUGCUGCUGCUAGCUAACCCAGCCGCUAACUUCACCAGUUUCGGGGACGAACGGCGUGGGUAAAGCGGGGCCUCCGGCUUCUACGACCAGGCUCACAGCUGCCCUGGAUAGCUUAACACCCCGCUUCAUUUGUCGGAGCAAUAUCCUACCGAAAUGGACAACCUGAGCGAAGCCCUGGAGAAGCUGAAGCUAGCGUCUGCGGACAGUGCCACCGACAGUGUGGAGAGCUGUCUGGACUGCCUGCUCAAAGCACUCGCUCACAACAACACAGAAGCCAGUGUGAAGAUCCAGGAGAUGGGUGUCCUCCCCCUGCUCCCAAACCUGCUGAACCCUCAGUCCUCCUGCACCCCGAAAGUAGCCAACAUCAUAGCUGAGGUGGCCAAAAAUGAGUUCAUGCGGAGUCCCUGUGUCGAGGCCGGCCUCAUCCCUCCACUAGUCCAGCUGUUAAACUCCACUGACCAGGAAGUUCUGCUCCAGACCGGCCGAGCCCUGGGCAACAUCUGCUAUGACAGCCAUGAGGGCAGGAGUGCAGUUGACCUGGCGGGAGGGGCUCAGAUAGUAGCUGAACACAUUAAGUCCCUCUCCCAAAAUACUGAGCCGGACAAUCAGAAGCUCUUGACUGUCUUUUGUGGCAUGCUGAUGAACUAUAGCAAUGAUAAUGACUCCCUGCAGGCCCAGCUCAUCAAUAUGGGCGUGAUCCCAACCCUGGUGAAGCUGCUGGGCGUCCACUCCCACAACACUGCCCUGACAGAGAUGUGCCUCAUCGCCUUUGGGAAUUUAGCCGAGCUUGAGUCCAGCAAAGAGCAGUUUGCCUCCACCAACAUCGCAGAGGAGUUGGUGCGUCUCUUCCAAAAGCAGGCAGAGCACGAGAAGAAGGAGAUGAUCUUCGAGGUCCUGGCUCCACUUGCAGAGAACGAUGUGAUUAAGCUGCAGCUGGUGGAGGCCGGCCUGGUCGAGUGUCUCCUCGAGGUGGUGGCUCAGACUGUGGACGGGGAGAGGGAGGAAGACAUUGCCCAGCUCAAGACUGCCUCUGACCUGAUGGUGCUCCUAUUGUUGGGAGAUGAGUCCAUGCAGAAGCUGUUUGAGGGAGGAAAGGGCAGCGUUUUCCAGAGGGUCCUGUCCUGGAUACCGUCCCACAACCAUCAGCUGCAGCUGGCUGGGGCGCUGGCCAUUGCUAAUUUUGCCCGCAAUGAUGGAAACUGCAUUCACAUGGUGGACACUGGUAUUGUGCAGAAACUUCUGGAGUUGCUGGACCGGCAUGUUGAGGAAGGAAAUGUCACUGUCCAACAUGCAGCACUCAGCGCCCUGCGCAACCUGGCCAUACCUGUGGUAAACAAAUCCAAGAUGUUGUCGGCCGGCGUAUCGGACGUGGUGCUGAAGUUCUUGCAGUCGGAGAUGCCUCCAGUCCAGUUUAAACUCCUGGGGACGUUACGUAUGCUUAUUGAUACACAAGCUGAAGCCGCAGACCAGCUGGGAACCAACGGGAAGCUGGUGGAGAGGCUGGUGGAGUGGUGUGAAGCCAAAGACCACGCGGGGGUGAUGGGCGAGUCCAACAGGCUGCUGUCAGCCCUCAUUCGACACAGCAAGUCUAAGGAAGUUGUCAGAGCCGUCAUCCAGGGAGGAGGAGUCAAGCACCUAGUAACCAUGGCAACCAGCGAGCAUAUGAUCAUGCAGAAUGAGGCGCUGGUGGCUUUGGGCCUCAUAGCAGCAUUGGAUCUGGUUGCAGCUGAGAAGGACUUUGUCGGAGCCAACCUGGUGUCAGUGCUUCACAAGCUGCUGUCGGACGAGAGGAGCGCACCAGAGAUAAAAUACAACUCUAUGAUCCUCAUCUGUGCAGUCAUGGGCUCAGAGCCUCUUCAUAAAGAAGUCCAGAGCCUGGCGUUCAUCGACGUAGUGUCCAAGCUGAGGGCACAUGAGAACAAGACGGUGUCGCACCAGGCAUCUCUUACAGAGCAGCGGCUAACUGCCCAGAGCUAAAUGACUCUGAUCACUCCCCACCCAAUGCCUGCCUGACCACCUAACCACCCCAUGACUCCUCCUGACUGCUCCCCUCUGUGCCCCAUCGUCAUGUGCCAAGGUAUCAUGUUGCAUCAACUGCCAGCUGGCCCGUCUGAUGGUCACGUUUCACAAUCUGUGACCCAUCUCUGCUAGGGUUAGACUGAUAUGCAUUUUUGAAGGUGGAUAUCAAUAUUUUUGCGUCGAAACUGUCAAUAGCUGAUAUUUUGGCCGAUAUUCAAUAUCCUAGAAUUGGACAAUUUUCUCUCGAUUUAAAAAAUUGUAAGGAUUCAUUGUAUCCCCCAGAAUUUUAUUCUUGUCAGGGUGGAAAGCCUCUGAAACAGCAUUUACACCACCAUGGGAAAUGAAAACCCUCCAUCGAAAAGCCAUACUAAUGAAAUUACUUUAGGUGGGUUAGCAGCUCCUGAAAGCAGAGUGAGGCAGGUUUAUUUGGUUUUACAGACUGUUGAGUUAAAUCUUCCCACACCACACUGGAAUGAUUUCUCUGGUUGCAUUUCUGAUAUGAAAAAUACAUAUGAAUAAAAAAACAAAUGCACUAGCUGUUGUCAGGGAGAUGGACAACACUGACUGCUGGAAAUCUAUCAGGCCAGUAUCAGCCUGAUAUAUCGGUCUAACCCUAGUCCCAACCUCCACUCGUGCAUGCAUCCUCAGCUACAAGCAGCUCCAUGGGAGCCAAGGCGCCGUAGACAGUCUAACGCAAUAGAUAAGAGAUGACACUCUUUACGACCAUAGCUGUGAUACCAUCCGCCAGUAACUCAUCAGUGAAAACGUGUACAAAAGAACAAAAAAAAACAACAAAAAACCCUCCUGUGGUGUGCAAAAAAAACACAAAAAACAUUUUUUUUAAGAAACAGCAGCCAUCCAUGAUGUGCCCAGUCGUGUCCCAUGUAGUUUGAAUAUCAAUGACUAGAAAAUGUGCAUGUUUUAGUCCCGUUGAAGGUGUGUCAGUGUUCAUUUUAUCCCUUACAUACUCCAAAGUACAGCCUGACCUGCCCUGCCAAGUCCUCUAGUCUUGUAAAUUCUUUUUUGCACUUAUUUGGUAAGAGGUUACCUGGACAUUUUAUCCUGAUCCGUAAUUGUACGGUUGCUCAGACACAUUCCCCCAUUCAACAAGUGCACAGUGACGUUAUGGACUCCGCAGGUUCCCUGCCCCCUGUUGCUAAAGGAGAGUCAUGUGUGAACUUAGGAAGCAAACAUGGUAGAGAACAGGGCUGUAGUCAAGUCAUUUGAGUUGUGUUCCAAGUCAGUUUCAAGACCAGGUCAAGUCAAAGUUGAGUCCAGAUCAAAUUAAGACUGAGACCAGAGCAAGUUUAGUCCGACUGAAUACCAAAACCCAAAUAGGCCAGGAACAGUGUGCAUGUUAGAGUAACUUUUAAAGGACCAUACCAGUGAUUUUGAAUGUUGGACCCAUUUACUACAAUUUACCCAAAUUUUACAUGUCAACAAACCAUUUUUCAAAUCAUGCAGGGGUACUAAAGGUUUCACAACACAUAAUCAAAAUCCUAAUUUUGAUACAUUCCCCCAUAAUCAAAAUCCUAAUUUUGAUUAUGUAAUAUUACAAUAUUUGUUAGUCAGUGUGGCUAAUAAAGUCAUCACCAUUCAUCAACCACAGAACUGAUAAUUGGCUAUAUAAACUUUCCCUGAGGACUAUUGUCCAGCGGAAAGACCAUUUCACUUCACCCAUUUUCAAGUCAUCAAAACACAACAGUGCUGCUGCUUUUAGGAAAACUAAUGUGGACGACUUUAUUACAGUGAUGGAAUACUGGUGUGAAGAAAGUUUGAAGUCUCUGAAAGUUCGUUUUCAUAUUGUUGUGGAAUGAAUGAUAAAAGGGAGGAAAAAUGAUAUCAGAGUUCUAAAAUAUGGGUGCUUGCUUUGGGAAAAGAUGAGAAGAAACACGAAGUCUAUACAUUUUGUAUAUAUUAACAUGCUAAAAUCACUGGUGUGGUCUCUAAGGAUCAACAAAGAUGGAAUUUGUCUGCAGGAGCUAUAACAUACCUCUCAUCCAACCAACCAAUGCAUUGCUUGCAUUUUGACUAAAUCAGUGUAUAGAAGUGUGAGGACCAUUACAUACACAGGUUUCUACAGGCAAACUCCCCCAAACUGUUUCUAGUCCUGGGGAGAAGAUUAACAAAUAAUCAAUACUUUUACCCAUUUUUAUAUUUUUAGAUAGGCAGGAAAUGACAAGUGGCCAAGAACAAGAUUCCUAGUCGAAGUAGGCAUAAAGACAAAACGUCAGGAAAAACGGUCUAGAGACCAGACUCAAAGUACUACAGCCCUGGUUAACAAAACGCAGUGAAGCAGCCAACCAUUCCUACAUGUAUGUGUGUGUAUGUAUGUGUUGUGGUCGUAGAAAUUGAAUUGGGUAGAAUCAGCACUGUAUAGGGACUUCUAGUGUUGCCGGUGAACCUACUGGCAGCCAUCUUUGAGGAACCAACUGAAUAACUUUUUGACACUUCAUCUGGCUGUUGGUGGGUGGAUCUCCCUUUAUCACAGCAACAACAAAAAGCUAAGUUAAGGCAUUAAAUUAGUUUAAGGCAUUGGUAUACUGCUGAAGUUAUUGAAAAUGAUGGGAAAGUAAUUCAUAGCCGAUCAUAGAUUAACCUUAAUAUUAACUAAUUACAGGUACUCAGGUAAUCCUAAUUAUCUGUGUUGUUGUUAACAAAGUUAUUGAGCGAUGUCAUAGCAAAGCCACCAACAAUCUACCAGGUAGGGCACAGCAAAAACUAACCAAUCAAAAUCAAGAGCCCAUGCAUCCUGGAAAACUUGGAAAUUUUGAGACUAGUUUUCCAUUCAUGGAAAACAACUGGAAAAAGUCAAAAUGCAUCACAUGUCCUGGAAUUAUUGGUGAGAGCUCACAUGCCAUAUUUUUUUGCCACUGACACCACAUUUCAGCACAUCUUGGAGCUAACUGGCCAUUUUAAAUCGCUCUGUGCUGACGUUCUGUGCGCAACAGCAGUCGGGAAUAUAUGUCCUUGAAAAAUUGUGGAAAAUGAUUUCUGUAAAAGAGUGAGAACCCUGAUUUAUUUUCAGAAUUCUUUCAUUCAUUUUGUAAAAACAGAACAUGUUUCCGUUAGCCUUGUAUCAGGCUUCCGUUAGCUCAGCCGACGUAAACAAACUCUUCUGCCAGCGUGGUGAAAUCCAUGAAUGCUUACAGCUGUUGCCUUGGCAAGGGGAACCACCUGGAAAUACUCAGAAUUGCCGUGACCCAAAGGCCUGGUUCAACCAAGUUCAGUUUCUACGGUUGUGAUUUACUGCUUGGGUAGGCAGCAAGAAGCAAAGGCACCAUUUGACGGUGAUGGAUCAGAGUUGUACAUGCCGUCUUAGUGUGUUAUCUCGCAUUAGGUCGUGAGAACAGGUAACUGAAUACGGACUGUAGUCACGUACUGUCACUGUCUUUGUACUGUUUGAAGCCCCCCUCUCUCGGGGCAGGUUUGUCUUUCUGUUUAAUGGUUGGUUCUUCUAGUCAGAGGGAUUACUGACAACAUGCACCUCAGCAUGUUGGAUACUGUACCAACACUGUUACACGCCAUGGUGUGUUCACUGGUCUGGGCCCACUCUUUUUGUCAGGUAUGAAUGGUUAUUUAUUAGAUUUGUACCCUUCUGAAGACACAUGCCAAUGGAGAUGUAUCCACAGUAACUGCAUACAAUACUAUAAACUUAAAUGUUUGUUGUAAAUGUCAUGAGUUGUACAUUUGGAGGAUUGUAACUCAGCAGAUAAUUAAAAGAUGAUUGCUGGUGA